UGUCCCCUUCGGGGUGACAUACGUAAAAAUUGGAACGAUACAGAGAAGAUUAGCAUGGCCCCUGCACAAGGAUGACACGCUGUUCCGGAGUGGUAGACCUACGGGUCUCAAUAUUUAUUUUCCUUUCUUUUUCUUACUCGGUACUAUACAGCUCGAACGGACGUCUAUUCAUCACGAGAGGAUAGAUCUUUUAAAGAUGUGUGAUCAUUAGUUUAUCUAUCGUAUAUGGUAGAUGUCAUGUCAUCUUCUUGUCUACUAUCAUCGCGAGUCGACUGCCAUCUUUGCAAUAUUCACCAUGUCCUCUGAGACUCAACCCGAACCUAUCCAACCUGUCGAAGUCCUGUAUUGCAAGGUCUGCACAUUUCCACCCGAGUACUGCGAAUUUGGAUCCAGCUUCACUCGAUGCAAAGAAUGGUUGAAAGAGUCGCAUCCGGCGUUGUAUGACAAGUAUUAUUCAGAUGAAGCUCUCCAGUCCAAGCUCGGAACCCUCAGUCUAGAAGCGCAAGCUAAACUCGAGAAGGACACCGCCGAGAAGGAGGCCAAAGCGGAGAAAAAGGCGGAUGCGGCACUCAAGAAGAAGAUGGCGUCUCAAGUCUCGAUAAAACGGAUGGAGAGGAACAAGCGGAAGUUUGCGUUUGACGUCGAGCUAAAAAAGGCUUCUAAAUUCCUCGCCCAAAAAUUCGCUACUGGUGCAUCCGUCACGAAGAACCCGCAAGGACAGGACGAGAUCGUCGUACAAGGGGACGUUGCGGAGGACGUGCUAGAGCUCAUCGAGAGCAGGACUAGGGAGGAGAAAAAGAAGAAGGGGGAGUGAGCGAUGGCGCUCGUGCAUAAGAUAGGAGAGGACGGCAUGUCAUGGGGUGGUGUAGGAAUGGGUUUAAAUUAGCUGGGGUAAGGCGAGACGGACGGACGAAAUCGCAUCUGUCAGGCAGGUCAUUGGUCAAUUCGCUCUAGUGAGUAUUCCCGAAUGAAUUUUGAUUAAGAGGCAUUCAUAUAUUGUGGUUAUCCCUGAGCCGCUUUGUCGUCCGUUCUAUGGUACGCUUUCACAAAUUGAGACAGAUCCCAUUCAGAAUUCAUAGAACUCGUUCGAUCCGGUACUUGUAACACGCUAUAGUGACCGUACCGUCUCUUUUGACCGUCGGAACUUCAUUUCUGAAACUCUAGUCCCCCGUGGUUUGGCUCGUCUUAACCGUGCCAACCACAUACCUAACAGCCCCG